UGUUGCCCAUGUAAAAAAUGGCAGCCGCCAGUGGUUUUGGUUUGCAGCUCGAAGUACAUCCGCAUCAUGAGCAAAAGCAGAUCUGCGACUCCAGAGCCAAAUACCGGGAGGGACGGAAGCCGAGAGCGGUUAAAGUGUACACAAUUAAUUUGGAAUCUCGUUAUCUACUGGUACAAGGAGUUCCAGCAAUAGGUGUAAUGAAGGAGUUGAUUGCACAAUUUGCAUUAUAUGGAGCUAUAGAAGAGUACAAUGCUUUAGAUGAAUAUCCAGCUGAAGAGUUCACUGAAGUGUAUCUCAUUAAAUUCCAGCGACUGCAAAGUGCAAGAGUUGCCAAGCGGAAAUUAGAUGAACGGAGCUUCUUUGGUGGUCUGCUUCAUGUAUGUUAUGCUCCAGAAUUUGAGACAGUUCAAGAGACCAGAGAGAAACUCCAGGAAAGGAGAAAGUUUGUUGCAAAAGCUACAUCUGGCAGAGAGCGCUACACUACAGAGAAGAAGCAAGAACCCCUGAGGAAUGUCAGCCAGACUUAUAAGUCUGAAUUUUCUGAAUCUGGGCUAAACUCUUACAAUCGUGCCCUUCCUUUACCUCCCAGUGAACCACUGCAAGCCUGUGUUACACCUGUCUUAUCCAGGGACAGUAAUAAUGACUCUUCCUCAUCAUGUGAGCAUAUGUGUAGAGAGCAACCCAAGGACUAUGUCUACCAGCCACCCAUAUCCAGCAAUGCACAGCAGAUAUUGCAAAAUCCCAGAACAAGUGUUUCAACACAACAUAAACAGACUGGUCCAUUUGGCAGUAGCGUGAGAUUUAUGCCAAGGACAACUCAGCUACAAGAGCGCCAAAGAAAACGGGAACAGGAUAUUGUGAUUUCUUUGUGUGGGUCAGGUCCUGAGAGGCAGGAGAUUGAAAUUGGACCAAAGUUACCAGGAAUCCCAAAAGUAGAUUUGGAAGAUGAUUCCUUAAAUGUAUCUGCACAUUUUAUUAGGGAAAAGCUGAAAGAGGUUUCUUCUGCACCAGCAUCACAGACUUCAAAUCAAACUGUUCCACCCCCAAAACAGAGAAGGAGGAUUUAAGUUUCUUUAUCUAUUUACUACUAAAUUCUUGCUUAUUAUUGGUUAGAUUUUUGCAAUAAAAUAAUUUAUAUUGUACUGUG